AUGUCGAGCGAUGGUGGCUCCAACUCUUCACCAGGCUCAGGCUCUCCCGAGCUGUUGACACUCGAAGCCCCUUUCCUGCUUCAGAUAGAAGAGGCCAAAGAUCAUGAUGCAAAUCAGCAUUUGAAUUUUGGCAGUUCGACAGGCCUCGACAUUCUCUUCAGGGUCCUCACAAAGCAGCCACCGGCAUCUCCCUCUGAGCCCCAGGCAAUCCCAAGACUGUGGCUGACAGCACGGAUCGAAUCGUACUUAUCGACGUUCCACACGCGAUGGCCGAUUCUCCACGCCCCAGUCAUCAAUGAGACAACCGACUCUGUUCAAGUCCUUUCGACAAUUGUCAUGAUCGACUCUUGGCUGCAUGGCGAUGUGAAGUUGAAGGACCAAAUUCUACAGAUUCACGACUGCCUUGUUCGGCAGCUUCACAAAGAAUUGAAUCAGUCCGAUCUGGACCCCACGCAUCCAUGGCCAGCCAACCUCUAUCAGCUUUCACUUCUCAAUGUUAUUUUCGCCUUCGAGACAGGAAGAGACAACAUUAUUAGGCAAUCUCGCAUGCUGUUCAGCCUGCUGGUCACGGCUCUACGAAUGAAUGGUUGCUUGCACGCGGACGCUGUCGAGUCGCAACGACUUACGCAUCAUCCUGGAGACUUCAGGCCGUAUAUAUUCGGGACAACUGAGCGCUGGAAGAGAAUUGCCACUUGCGCACUCAAAGUAGAUACCUAUUUGUCUCUCUUAUACGGCCACCCGCCUCUGCUAAGACGCGACGAACUAGAGCUGGGGUUAUCAUCAACAUUUGCCAUGUGGAACUCGUACGGGAUCAUGGUAUUCUUCGACCGCAGCCGCGGUGAGCCAUGGUCCCGCGACAACUACAAAAUGUCCCAAUUGAACGUGAGGAGACCCGAAGAGGUGCCGUCGGGGAUCCUGCCAGAGGACAUUCAGCUGUGCCUGCUCGGAAUGUGGAACGACAUCCGGUCGCUCAAGAACGAGUCGACACUCAACCGAGACAUGGCCAUGUUGAAGAAGGCCGAUCUAUCCCAGCAGCUGUACCUCGCCCUGGAACAGCUCGAGACCAUUGUCGCCGAGUCGCGGAAGCCCCUGGUGGUGGGGGGCUACACGGCGACGCUCCUCCAAAGCUACCUCGGGUGCGACUCGUCGCGCGGACCAGACUGGCGACAGGAAGUGACGAACCGGCUGGACUCGUGCAUCGCCAACAUCAGGCCGCUUCUCCUCCUGCUCACGAUCCAUCUCCACGCGGACAUUCACACCCUGCGGGACAUUUACCUCUCCCCUGCACCGCUGCAGAUGGAGCCCACGGCCGCCUCGCAGACGUGGCAGCAAAACGUGCUCAAGGUGCAAGAAUGGGCGCUGUCGGCAGAUGGCAGAACGGCAGCCAUCGCGUCGCUGCAGACGUGGUUUGCGUACGAAUCGUCCCUGCCGGUCAUGAGCCCCAACCAGUCGGCGCCCGCCUUCGAUCCCAUCAUGUACCUGGCCCUGUCGGCUGCGGCCGUAGUGCUGUGGGCGUGGACCAUGAACGACGACGAGGUCUGCGUCUGCCACCCGACGACGCCCAAGGCAGAAGUCACCAGCAGCUCCAUGCAUCUGCAGCCCGAUGUCCAGAACUGGAUUCGCGGCGGCGGAGGCGGCAUUUCUUUCCUGGGCCAACCCGUCUGCAAGUGCACUGUUGCUCAACGCCUUUCCGCCUGGACCGAGGCGUUGGCCAAAGUCGGCCGGACUUGGGAAAAGGCCGGUGUGGACGCCAACCUGUUCCGCUGCUCAUGGCUGGGGACGUAG